AUGCAAGAUGUUGAAAUGAUUACUAACAAUAGAGGGGCUAGUCAAUUUAAAUGGGAUAAAUCUUUAAUUAAAUAUUCAAUACAUAAUUUCUCUCCAGAUUUGUCAUCUUCAAGGCAAAGAGACGCUAUUAGACGUGCAUUCCAAACAUGGUCAGCUGUUAUACCAAUAAGAUUUGAAGAAACUAGUGGAACGGCUGAUAUUAACAUUAUUUUUGCUUCUGGAAGUCAUGGAGAUCCAUGGCCUUUUGAUGGGAGAGGAGGAGUUUUAGCUCACGCAACAAUGCCAAAAGAUGGAAAACUUCAUUUUGAUAAUUGGGCAUUAGGACCAGAAGAUGCUAAUAAAAUUGGAACUAGUCGUUAUACUGAUCUCUACCCAGUGACUGUUCAUGAAAUUGGACACACUCUGGGACUUUCACAUUCCAAAGUUGAAGAUGCAAUAAUGGCACCAUUUUAUCAAGAAACUGUCGAAAACGGUGUUUAUGUUAUGCCUCGACUAAAAAGCGACGAUAUUCGAGCUAUUCAAGCAAUUUACGGUUUAGGGAGAGGAGAAGAAAGUAAUUUUGGAAGUAGAAGUCGUGUCCGGACAAAAUAUCGAAUCGUUAAAAUAUGGAAUAGGCUAAAAAAGGGUUAA